AUGACCAAUAGCACCUCAUCCAUGGAUGCCGAGCCUCAAUUUCAAACCUAUAGCUCGGGAGGCGACAAGCUUCUGGGACGCGAUCCCGAGGCACUAAUCCUCGUCCACCGGCCAGGCUAUGCCUUUGCUCACGAAGCUCCAGUCUGGUUCGCAGAUACUCAAGACGUCUGGUUCGCUUCCAACGCCGGGGGCAAGAAUGGCAAGAGCAAUCUGACGACCAACAAUGCCAUUUUCAGAAUCAAUCUGCCUCAUGCCCUGCCGCUCGCCAAGAACGGCACCGCGACGUUUGAGAAUUCCGUCGAGACCAUCUACAGCCCUCUGGUCGAGGGUAAAGCGCAAUUUGAGGAUAUCCAAAUGACAAACGGCGCGACUUCUUAUGGCGAUGCUGUCUUGCUUUGCAACACCGGCAGAGAUGAUCUCCCUGGAUCUUUAGUCCUCGUCAACCGUUCGGACAUCGGACAGAAGCCCAAAGUCUUGCUCAACAACGCUUACGGCAGAGACUUUGUCAGUCCCAACGACGUUGUAGUCCAUCCCAAAGGCGCAAUCUUGUGAGUCCGAAGCAAAAGCACUUCGCUCCAGCUUGCUGCGCACAACAGUCUUCAUUUUCCCUCGUCUUUUCUUCAUUCAAAAAAGCUUCACAGAUGCAGGUGUGUCACGGUGUGAUACUCUCUGACAUCACGCCGGGAGAACUGCGCAGGCUGACUCCACCCUGACCCCCCGUAAGACUACGGAGUCCUUCAAAACUUCAAGCCACCCGUUGCACAAGCCAAAGCGACCUGGCGUUUCGUCCCAACUACAGGCGAGCUGCGCAUGAUAGACGCAACCAUCACCACACCGAAUGGCAUUGCAUUGAGUCCCGAUGCCAGAACUCUCUAUGUGUACGUCAAACAUUCGUCGAGCACUCUUCUCCCCCGAGCAUGACCAUUGUUGUAGCUCAUGAACGAUUGACCCUGCCGAAUUGCAGCACUGAGACCGGUCUCGCCCGGUCUGGGGCAGGUACGGACGACUAUUCCAUCCCCGCCGUCAUGUGAGUCCCUGCGAUGAUAUGAGUAGCGUGCCACGCGGCCCGUAGCCUAGGCCAGCUGAAUCGGCCCUCGACUCCGCGCGGUCUCAGCUACGCCUUCGAUCUCGACACCACCGGCUCAAUCGUCUCCAAUAAGCGGACCUUCACCAACGUGCCCACCGGCAUAGCUGACGGCAUCAAGACGGAUUCCAAAGGAAACGUGUACACCUGCACAGGCGGCGGUCUAGAGUGAGUGCUUUUCCCUACUUCAACACCCCUUCAGGUCGUCGAUGUUGCAAGCUGAGCGAGAAUCCUUUACUCUGCCCCGCCCGCUGCAGAGUCUAUGCGCCAAGGACUGGUCAGCCUCUGUACCGUUUCUUCUUGCCUACGGGCUGCACACAAGUCGUCAUGGUUCAAGACGGACGCUUGCUGCUUUUGGCUGAAGAGACGAUCUGGUACUUGCGCGUCGCAUCGCAUGUUCAGCCAGCACCCAUCGCCUCCUACCCCAGAUCUGGUCGACUUCAAGGCUAUUGA